AUGUCUUCUUCCUCAGGCACGCCAGAAUCAUGGAUCUCCUCAUUUUGCUCCCUACUUGGUCAUGAAUACUUCGCUGAGGUUUCGGAAGACUUUAUUGAAGAUGAUUUCAAUUUAACGGGUCUACAAACUCAGGUAGCUAUGUACAAGGAGGCUUUAGAGAUGAUAUUAGAUGUAGAACCUCUAGACGAUAAUGAAGAUGAUGAUGAUGAUGACGAUGACGUAGCAGAAGGGUCUAUGGAGGCAAUCAUUCACAGGGAAGAACGGCUUAGACAUUACCGUACGGCUUCCGAUCUUUCAACCAUAGAAUCUUCUGCAGAGAUGUUGUAUGGUCUAAUCCAUCAACGUUUUAUUUGUUCCCGUGCAGGUAUACAGCAAAUGUCGGAAAAGUACGAGCUUACACAUUUUGGAUGCUGCCCACGAACCAAUUGUGAAGGAACUCGUACGCUACCUGUUGGUCUCUCGGACACUCCAGGGGAAGACACCGUGAAACUUUUCUGUCCAUCAUGUUUAGACGUCUACGUGCCGCCCAACUCACGCUUUCAGACAGUCGAUGGCGCAUUUUUUGGCCGAACCUUUGGGGUUCUAUUCAUGCUUACAUUUCCCGACCUUGACUUAACAAAAAGAGGCUAUGAAACGCUUACUAGCUUACACACCCGUGCUUCUAACACCUCUACAAAUCAUGAUAGCGCUGAAAAGGAGAAAAUAAAUGGGUUGAACGCAAACAACCUCGCUUCCGGACUUGGCAAGGGUAAAAUGUAUGAACCUAGAAUUUAUGGAUUUAGAGUUUCAGAGCGUGCUCGAAGCGGCCCGCGAAUGAGUUGGCUUCGUGACCGACCAUCGAACAUUCAAGAGCUAAAUGAAGCCGCUGCCUGGAACAUGGAGCAUGCAGACGAAAGCGAAGAUGAAGUUGAUAUGGAGGACGUAACUACAUGGGCACCAUCCGCGCAACGGAGGAAUAAGAAUCAGCAGGUAUCGCGUGGUAGUCCCAUGUCAGUGGAGGCCACCAAGAGCAAACAAAACGCUUGA